CCCCCGUGACAGGCAGCCCACCGCCAUAUUGAGAACAAAAACUGUCAACACCGGGAGAGAGACAGAAAAAGAGAUAUCGCGAGUCAGUCUGGGAUGGUUUUUGUUUUAAAUUCAUAUUGUCGUUACAACAACAACAACAGUUAUAAUAAUAUAAUAACUGGACACUGAGUGGUCUUGGUUAAUUUAGCACACGGACCGCUGCUGACAACACAGCCGGUGAGCAACAAGCAACAUACGAGCUCCACGCCGACAGUAGAUUCUCAUCAUGGCCUCCAGAAAGAAGGUGCUCCUGAAAGUGAUUAUCCUGGGAGACUCGGGUGUUGGAAAGACCUCUCUCAUGAACCAGUAUGUCAACAAGAAGUUCAGUAACCAGUACAAAGCCACAAUCGGAGCGGACUUCCUGACCAAGGAGGUGCUAGUGGACGACAGGCUGGUCACAAUGCAGAUCUGGGACACGGCUGGGCAGGAGCGUUUCCAGUCUCUGGGCGUUGCGUUCUAUCGCGGGGCUGACUGCUGCGUGCUGGUGUUCGACGUCACGGCUCCGAACACCUUCAAGACUCUGGACAGCUGGAGAGACGAGUUCCUGAUCCAGGCCGGGCCCCGAGACCCAGAGAACUUCCCAUUCGUAGUGCUGGGGAACAAGAUCGACCUGGAGAACAGACAGGUGCCGUUGAAGCGUGUUCAGGCGUGGUGUCAGAGCAAGAACAACAUCCCGCACUUCGAGACGAGCGCCAAGGAGGCGAUCAACGUGGAGCAGGCCUUCCAGACCAUCGCCAGGAACGCACUGAAACAGGAAUCUGAAGUCGAGACGUACGACUUCCCAGAUCAGAUCAAACUGGACAGAAACGACCAGCCGAGAGCUUCGAGUGAGGGGUGCAACUGCUGAGUGAGAGAGAGAGAGAGAGAGAGAGAGGAGAGAGGAGGGAGGGAGGGAGGGAGGGAGGGGGGGAGGACUGUAAUCUUCUGUGAAACCCCUCCAUCUCCAGACAAAUAAUUAAUUAAAAUAAAUAAAUAAAUAAAUAGUAACACACACAGAGAGUGAGAGAGAGAGAGAGAGAGACACUCUUUCCCCUUAAAGAAACCCAUAAUCUCGCUCAGACUUCGGACCAUCUCAGUACUUUUGUGGCUAAACUGACUUCCCCUUUAAGGAGGUUACGAGCUGUUUAAUUAGGGUUGUUUGUUUAUUAUUGUUAUUAUUAUAAUAAUUAGGUUUUUUUUGUUGUUUUGUUUAUUGAAUCUGUUGCCAAAUAACUUUAAAAUGAAAACGAAUAUCUGAAAUUUCUGUCCUUUUUAAAGUUAUUGACAUAAUUUCUUAGUCUUAACGGUUCAGCACUUCCUUGUGCGAGUGCCGUAGCCUCGCCAGGAGAACGAAACACACUCUCAACACGAUUAGAGGGAGAGACCCGACACUUAGAAACACACAUUAUAUUAUAUUGUAUUAUUUUAUUAUAAACGCUGUAUAAAAACA